AUGUGUGGAAUUCCUUCCUUCCUUCCUUCCUUCCUUCCUUCCUUCCUUCCUUCCUUCCAUCCUUCAUCCCUUCCUUCCUUCUUUUUUCUUUCUUUCUUUCAUUCCUUCGUUCGUUCGUUCGUUCGUUCCUUCUUUCUUUCAUUCCUUACGCUCUUUCCUUUUUUUCUGUGUUUAUUUCUUUCAUUCUUUCUUUUAGCCAUUUGUUCUUUCUUUCUUUCUUUCUUUCUUUCUUUCUUUCUUUCUUAUCGUCCUACAAAUCUGUUUCAUGAAUUUUCCAAAAGGGGAGUUGUUUUCCGGUGGGGAGGUUGUUUUCAAAGCGGGGAGUUGUUUUCCAAGGGGGGAUUUCUUUUCUUUUCUUUUUUCUUUCCUUUUUCCUUCUUUCUUUCUUUCUUUCUUUCUUUCUUUCUUUCUUUCUUUCUUUCUUUCUUUCUUUCUUUCUUAUCGUCCUGCAAAUCUGUUUCGUUAAUUUUCAAUAUGGGGAGUUGUUUUCUUUUUUUUUUUUUUUUUUCUUUCUUUCUUUCUUUCUUUCUUUCUUUCUUUCUUUCUUUCUUUCUUUCUUAUCUUGUUUUCUUUUUUUUUCUUUCUUUCUUUCUUUCUUUCUUCAUUUCUGUUCUGAUAUUCCGUCUCCCUUAUAUUCCGUCUCCCUUAUAUUCCAUUAGUGGAGAUAUUUUUUCCUUCCUUCGUUUCUUUCUUAUUUUUCUAUCUCUUUCGUUUUAUUCCUGCAUUGCUGAAACGAGUUAUGUGUUUAUUCGAAUACUUCCUACUUUUCUUUCUUCAUUAUACUUUCUUCAUUAUACUUUCUUCAUUCAUUAUUUAUUCCCUUCUUUUUUACUCUUUUGCAACAAUUUACGUUCACCUCAACCCUUGCCACAUCAUAAAUCUAUCUAUCAAUCUACCUAUCUAUCUAUCUAUCUAUCUCUCUUAAAUCUAUCUAUCUAUCUAUCUAUCUAUCUAUCUAUCUAUCUAUCUAUCUAUGUUUGUUUGUCUCUCUCUCACUCUCACUCUCAUUCUCUCUCUCUCUCUCUCUCUUUAUAUAAAUGA